AUGAUCUGCAAGGUAUGGUGGGGCUCCGAUCAAAAGAUCGCAAUAUUAUUCUUCAGAUCAUAUGUUAGAUCUAUCCUUGAUUAUGGCAGCAUAUUCUAUGGCUCUGCCAGUAAAAAUCUCCUUCAUGUGCUAGAUAUAACUCAGAAUAAAUUUCUCAGGAAAUGUCUUGGAGCAAUGCAAUCGUCACCAGUCGGACCUUUGCGAGCAGAAGCACAGGAGCCUCCUUUACAUCUUCGAAGGCAAAUGUUAUCUAGCAGAUUUCUACUUAAGGUACAACACGCGGACAGCCACUUACUCAGCAAAAUUCAUCGUCUAAACACCAUGGACUUGACAUGCAAAUAUUGGACCAAAAGAAACUCUCCGCCUCUAUGCAGUGCCAUACAAUAUGCCAACAGAAUACAACUAACCUCUCAUAGCCAACGAUUGAUCCAAGAUAUAAGUUACUUUCAUUUACUAUCAGGAUUUGAUGUUAGAGUACCAGCUUACAAGCAACAACCACACCACAUUCAGAACCUACUUCGAGAAGUGCAGAGUAAAUUAGCAGGUGAUGUAUUCAUUUACACCGAUGCAUCGAAGUCGGAGUCAGGAACGGGAUGCGCUCAUUAUAUUCCUUCAAUAGAUAUUUUUUCCAUGUUUAAACUACCAAAUGAAUUCACGAUUUUUUCUGCAGAAGCUAUUGCUAUAUUCCAGGCCCUACAGUUUGUAGAGGACCACAAUCUUGGUAACACGUCUAUAUUCUCGGACUCCCUCUCUGUUGUCAGUAGUUUAAAAAACGGCAGUCCUUUCGAUAUGCAAAAUAUACACUUAUUCAACAUAAGAUGGAAAAUAAGUCAGCUAAAACAACGAGGCCUCAGGAUUACACUAGUUUGGGUGAAGGCCCACUCUGGGAUAAUACACAACGAAAAAGCUGACGAUCUAGCAAAGAUGAGUAUAACAUCUGGAACUAAGCUGGACAUACCCUUAAGCAUGCAAGACAAUCGAGUGAUACUUAAAGGUAAUUUGCUCAAGCGAUGGCGCAGUGAAUGGAUAGAAUACUGUUUUACUAAUCCUACAAGAUACAACCUCAUACACCCUAGCCUGCCACGAGGAUACUGGCACGAAAAUUUCAAAAUACCCAGAAAAUAUAUUUCUUGCAUCACCCGUGCGAAAAUAGGACAUGGUGUUUUUCCAUCACACCUUGCAAGAUUGAAUUUGGUCCCAUCUGCACUGUGCGAUGUUUGUGAAGUUUAUGGUGACUUGGAUCACUGUUUCUUUGGUUGCGCUAAAUUCCUGGAUCACUGCAAUGCACUCUACUCCGAUUUGGUGAAAUCUGGCAUAUCUGCCCCCCUAAAUACAUCUCAUGUAUUUUCGCUAGGUAGAUCUGAUGUGAUCAUUCUCGUUGUUAAAUUUAUCAGAAAUUCUGGCAUCAAAAUAUAA